GAAAGGGCGGGGGGAGUGACUGCUGAUGCUCCGGCUGCAAUUUGCAGAACGUGAGUCAGUGCUGUGCAGAGAGCAGAGCCGCAAACAGAAGCAGCUGCAGCACAGACAGACACGUUUCUCUCGCACGAGCGUCAACAGGACAGAAGAGCAGGAUGGGUAGACAGAGAAACUGAGUAAAAAGAGGAAGUGAGGUCGACACAGAAAAUACGUUGGUAGAUCAAGAGCUUCUUGUAGUCAAUAGUAAAAGUGUGAUUUAAACUUUAGAAAAUCACAGAGUUGACUCAUCCAGAGAAAAGACAAGUUUACAAUUCUUAUCUCAGACGUGGGGUUGGAAGUGCUGCACAGAUGUCCUGGUUGUCUCCGGUCCAGUGGGCCAAGUGGACAUGGUCGGCAGUGACUGGAGGUGCAGGAGACAAUGGACAACAUACAGGAAGGGAUGACAAAGAAGACAAUUCGGACUCUGAAGGCGCCUUCGAGACUCCAGAAGCUGAGUCUCCAGUUGUGAAUCUACUGAGCCAACUGGACAACUCAAAUAAUACAGCUCCUACUGAUGGUUCAAACCACAUUCAGGACAGAUGCCAUGAUGUCCGCUCAGCUCCAUCCCAGCAGGUUGACUCCCUCAACAACUUGACCUGCUCCACACCUAACAGAGGCAGCUUUGGUUUGAAUCAAAACCUCAAUUUGACCCUGGGCUCCAAAGAUGGCUCUGGAGAAGAUCUAUCUCCAUCCGGCCACCUUCCCCAGACUGCAGCUCUCCGACCGCCAUCCCUUCCUGUUCUCUCACCACUUAACAAACCGGAUCCUUCAGAGGUGGACGACGAGGCUCCGGCGACUUCAGACUCUAGUCCAGACACAAUCAGUCGUGAUGAGUGCCUGGACCCCGAUUUGCUGAAUGGCAACGUGAGAUCAGACCCUGUGAGCUCAAACACUAAACUGGCCUGUGAGACCAGCAACUCAAUUAUUAAGAACUCCUGCAAACUAAAGCAAAACCAGCAGAUGCAGAAGGAUUUAAAUGGACAGGAUGACCAUCAUGAGGGCCAUGCUACAGAUGAGGAGAAACUGGCUGGGACCAAAUCAGAAAAGGAGCAAAACUACCAGGAAUGCAAUUUGACAUCCAAACCAGAUGAGUCGGGCUGCUGCUCUGUGUAUGAAGACACAUGUGAGCUGAAGACAUCAGAAGGAAGUGAGAUGCAGAAAACGGGAAGUCAGGUCCUGGAUUCCAUCUGCAUCAGUGAGGCCGAGAAACAAGCGGUUCUCACCCUCAUCAGAGAGGAGAUCAUCACUAAGGAGGCUGAAACUAAUGACUGGAAGAAAAAGUAUGAGCAGUGCAAACAAGAAGUGGAUGAGAUGAGAAAGAUUGUUGCAGAAUAUGAGAAGACAAUAGCUCAGAUGAUUGAGGACGAGCAACGCAACAGUGUGAACUUCCAGAAGGCUUUGCAUGCGGUGACAGUGGAGAAGGAUGCUGCCCUGGCAGACCUGAACUCCGUGGAGCGUUCGCUGUCGGACAUCUUUCGCCGCUAUGAAAACAUGAAAAGCACCCUGGAUGGCUUUAAAAAGAAUGAAGAAGUGCUGAAGAAGUGUGCUCAGGACUACCUGGCCAGAGUCAAGCAGGAGGAGCAGAGAUACCAGACACUGAAGCUGCAUGCAGAGGAGAAACUAGACAAGGCCAAUGAGGAGAUUGCUCAGGUGCGCACCAAGGCGAGCUCAGAAACGAUAGCGCUGACCGCGAGCUUGAGGAAGGAGCAGAUGAGGAACGAGUCUCUGGAACAAGCCCUGCUGCAGAAGAAUCAAGAAAUCGAGGAGCUCACAAAGAUCUGUGAUGAGCUGAUUGCCAAAAUGGGAAAAAUAGACUGAGGAUUUGCUUGAGGCUAAUCAGCCUGGAUCGCCCCUCCAGUCCUGCAGAAAUGCACUGUGCAUGCCUCCACCCAAGAAGCAGCUUCCAUACUGUACCCUGUGCCUGCACUGCACCUAAGAGACUGCUUAUGUACAGAUGUCUGAAAUAACCUCUUGUAAUUUGCAUUUGCACUACUUGUAACCUGAACCUUCAAGGCUCUCAGCAUAUUAAUCACAUGAGAUCACUUUGUUUGCAUUUUGCACCUUUUGUAAGGUUAUCUAGAGCUAUCAAGUGUUUUUCCAUGAUAUCAGGGAACAACAGCUCUAAUGAUAUUUCCACUAAACUCCUACCAACUUUGCCUCCAGAAUGACAUCAAGUUUAAUUCAUCCCUGGGUUUGAUUUUGAAAAUACUUUCAACUUUCUGCUUAGACAAGCUUUAGAGAACAGAUUUAAUAUGAAUGGUUAAACAGUUAAAAUAUACUUUUAUACCACUUUCAAGUUAUUUUUUGGUUUGGCCAGAUUGAGUGUGAAAGUGGCCCUCUCUACCUAAACUAACAGACUGGCAAAAGACAAUAUUUAUCAGAUAAACAGUUAUAACUCCCACAGUAACUCUGGAGGAACUGCAAAGGUCAACAGCACAGGUGGGAGAAUCUGUCAACAAGACAGUUUUUAGUCAUCCUCUCCACAAAUCUGUUCGUUUUAUAGUACUAACGCAGGAAGAAAUCAUGUCUUGUUUACAAUUAUAUGUGAAUAUAACUAUAAGUCAUGUAGAUGACACAAAAUAGUUGUAGUUCAUGAAACGGCUGCGUGGAGAUAAACUAACUCAACACUUCAUGCCUACGAGUGACCAUGAUGUUGGCAGCAUCAUGCUGUGGACAUGUCAUUUUGUGCACAUGCAGACUAUUUAUCACUUGCAAGGCUACAUAAAUAAACCUCUAUGAAUUGAGAACAUUUUCACUACCAUCCUUCUAAAACAGUCUGCAAUUUAUGGAGCUGUUCAGUCAAAUCCACAAAACCAUAACCCUUACUUUUUAUGUAACUGGGCUAUUUUUGAGUGGAGAUAUUUUACAAAUUAAUUACAGAUGCUGCUGCUUAAAUAUCAUUACAGUCUGCUUUUUACAAAACCCUGUGGAGUAACCUGAUGUCUUAGUGAGAGCUUUUGCCUGCUGUUCAUGUGUGAUUGUUGUCAGAGUACUCGUUUAUUUACACUUUUUCACAGUUUUGCCAUUUUUUCAGACAUGUUUUCUUUUAUCGCACCAACAAGCACAAUCUGUGUUCAGCACAGGGCUGUAAUGAUUAACUAUAACAUAAUUUAUGGCUGCUUAUCACAAUACAAAAUAAAUUUUACAACUAGUGCUUAUGUUGCGUGUGUGUUUGGUUCUCACUUGGUUUUCUACAUGAGAUUUUCUGUCCAGGAAAAUAUAUUGACCUGUCCUUGCAAUGCAGGAUAUGUUUAAAAUCUUCCUAUAAAUCAGCUGGUUAAAGAAAGACUAAGCAUUGCAGGAUUUUUUUAGGGCUCAAUAUGUGGUUAUUUAAAAUCUAUUAAAGUAAUAUUCAUUGUAAAUUUGUGAUGACUGUAAAAUUCACCAACAUCACAAACUCAGAUGUGUAAAUGGUUUAUAUAUAUUUGUGCCAAUCUGAUGUCAUGUUACCUCUUGUUACUAGACUGUUUUGUUUUUGCCAUAUUAUUUUGUAACUUCAGACUUUGCUUGCAUAGGAUAAAUUUGUAUCUGUAGUUCAUAAAUGACAAUCUCACAUCUGUGUUGAAUCAGUGUGAAUAAUGUGUACAUUCUCCUGAAUAAACAUCAAUAUAGUUUGUUCUACAAUA